AUGUCUGCAGCUGGCAACGGGAAUCCUGUCCAACUCACUUUUGCUCUACUGGAAAUUGUCAUUAAUGCCAACAGUUUGCACAAGGUUCUGUCUCCUGCCAUGAGGUUUGCAAAUUCAGUGCUUCCAACAGGGGUGCGCGGGCUCCUGGGCCGGGCGUGCCUGCUGCUGCUGCCGCCCUGCGCCCUGGUGCUGGCGGCGGUGCCCGGCUCCGCGUCCCACCCGCAGCCCUGCCAGAUCCUGCGGCGCAUCGGGCACACCGUCAGGGUGGGGGCCACCCACCUGCAGCCCCGCGGCCCCUCCGCCGCUUGGAGAGGGGAGGCGGCGGGCGGCGGCCCCGAGGGGGAGGUUGCGGCGGGGGCUCGGGGCCGCCGGCCGGGGGGCGGUGGGGAGCGGCAGCCGGGCCCCGCUCCCUCGCCGCGGGACGCGCUGCUGCUGGCCGUGGCUAACCUCAACGGCGUGGCCGGGCUGCUGCCCUACAACCUGUCCCUGGAAGUGGUGAUGGCGAUCGAGGCGGGGCUGGGCGACCUGCCCCUAUUCCCCUUCUCUUCCCCCAGCGCUUCGUGGAGCAACGACCCCGUCUCCUUCCUGCAGAGCCUCUGCCACACCGUGGUGGUGCAGGGGGUCUCCGCCAUCCUCGCCUUCCCGCAGAGCCGCGGGGAGAUGCUGGAGCUGGACUUCGUCUCGGCGGCGCUGCGCAUCCCCGUGGUCAGCAUCGUACUGGGAGAGUUCCCCCGGCGGAGCCCGAAUCCCCUCCAUCUGCAAAUGAGUUUAGAAAACUCGUUGAGCUCUGAUGCUGAUGUCACAUUCUCAAUCCUUGCAAUGAACAACUGGUACAACUUCAGCUUAAUGGUAUGCCAGGAGGAGUGGAACAUCACGGAUUUUCUCUUCCUCACACAACAGAGCUCCAAGUUCCACCUGGGGUCCAUUAUAAACAUCACAGCAAAUCUCACUUCAACCAAGGACCUUCUGAACUACCUACAGUUUUACCUGGAGAGCAUCAGAGACACAACAUCUACCAUGGUCAUGUUUGGAUGUGACAUGGAGAAAACAAGAAGAAUUUUUGAAAUAACUACCCGAUUUGGUGUGAUGCCUCCAGAACUUCACUGGAUUAUUGGGGAUUCACAGAACGUGGAAGAACUGAGGACAGAAGGUUUGCCACUCGGUCUCAUUGCUCAUGGCAAGACAACACAGUCUGUCUUUGAGCAUUAUGUGCAGGAUGCAAUGGAGCUGGUAGCAAGAGCUGUAGCAGCAGCCACCAUGAUUCAGCCUGAACUAGCUCUUAUUCCGAGUACAAUGAAUUGCAUGGACACAGAUGAAAAAAAUAUAACCUCAGGACAGUAUUUGUCGAAGUUUUUAGCUAACACAACUUUUGAUGGUCUCAGUGGCCACAUUAAGGUGAAGGGCUCCUCUGUUAUCAGCUCAGAAAACAACUUCUUCAUCUGGAACCUGCAGCAUGACCCUGUUGGGAACCCUAUGUGGACUCGUCUAGGGAGCUGGCAAGAAGGAAAGAUUGUCAUGGACUAUGGGAUAUGGCCAGAACAGGCCCAGAGACAUAAAAGUCAUAUGCAGCACCCCACUCGGCUGCACCUCAGAGUGGUAACUCUUAUUGAGCACCCUUUUGUCUUUACAAGAGAUGUAGAUGAUGAAGGUCUUUGCCCAGCAGGGCAGCUGUGCCUGGAUCCUUUGACCAACGAUUCAGCAGUGCUGGAUAACCUGUUUGAAACUCUUCAAGGAGGAAAUGACACCGUUCCCAUUGAGCUGAAGAAAUGCUGCUACGGCUACUGCAUUGAUCUGCUGGAGAAAUUGGCUGAGGAUAUGAACUUUGAUUUUGACUUGUACAUUGUUGGUGAUGGAAAAUAUGGAGCCUGGAAGAAUGGUCAUUGGACUGGGCUGGUAGGAGACCUUCUUUCUGGGACAGCUCACAUGGCAGUGACAUCAUUUAGCAUUAACACUGCCCGCAGCCAAGUGAUUGAUUUCACUAGCCCUUUCUUUUCCACUAGUUUGGGGAUAUUGGUGAGGACCAGAGACACGGCAGCUCCGAUUGGAGCCUUCAUGUGGCCACUUCACUGGACUAUGUGGUUGGGGAUAUUUGUUGCGCUCCACAUCACUGCUGUUUUCCUCACCUUAUACGAGUGGAAAAGUCCUUUUGGGAUGACCCCCAAGGGAAGGAACAGAAACAAAGUCUUCUCUUUCUCCUCUGCCCUGAAUGUCUGCUAUGCGAUCUUGUUUGGAAGAACAGCUGCCAUCAAACCCCCCAAAUGCUGGACUGGAAGGUUUUUAAUGAAUCUAUGGGCUAUUUUCUGUCUGUUUUGUUUGUCCACGUACACAGCCAACUUAGCUGCUGUCAUGGUUGGAGAGAAGAUCUAUGAAGAGCUUUCUGGAAUACAUGACCCAAAGCUCCAUCACCCGUCCCAAGGGUUUCGCUUUGGAACUGUGCGAGAAAGCAGCGCAGAAGACUACGUGAGGCAAAGCUUCCCUGAAAUGCACGAGUACAUGCGACGGUACAAUGUCCCUGCAACCCCAGAUGGAGUAGCAUAUCUAAAGAAUGACCCAGAGAAACUUGAUGCCUUCAUUAUGGAUAAAGCUCUCUUGGACUACGAAGUAUCCAUAGAUGCCGACUGCAAGCUUCUAACUGUGGGAAAGCCCUUUGCCAUUGAAGGAUAUGGCAUUGGUCUUCCCCCCAACUCUCCACUCACCUCCAACAUCUCCGAGCUGAUAAGCCAGUACAAAUCCCAUGGCUUCAUGGAUGUUCUGCAUGACAAGUGGUACAAAGUUGUUCCGUGUGGGAAAAGAAGCUUUGCUGUCACAGAGACACUGCAAAUGGGCAUCAAGCAUUUUUCUGGGCUCUUUGUGAUGUUGUGCAUUGGGUUUGUUCUAUCCAUUCUUACUACCAUUGGGGAGCACAUAGUGUACAGACUGGUGCUACCACGAUUCAAGAAGAAAUCCAAGAUGAAGUACUGGCUCCAUACAAGCCAGAGAUUACAUCGUGCCCUGAACAGUUCAUUUAUUGAGGACAAACGCCAGACUAAAACAAAACGAGCAGAAAAGAGGUCCCACGUAGGGAACAGCCAGCAUGCCGUGUGGAAUACAGCCAACACAGGCAACUGUCACCGGAAAAAGUACAUCUGCACUGACGAAGGGCAAAACGAGGUGACAGUCCGACAGCACCAAGACAUUCCUCUGCCACAGGUGAGGAGGGAGACUCUGGCUUCUUUAACGACCAACGGAAAAGCAGAGUCCCUCAGUAUUGCUAGGACCUCAGUGAUGCAAGAGCUCACGGAGCUGGAGAAGCAGAUCCAAAUUAUCAAGCAAGAGCUGCAACUCGCCAUGGACCGGAAAUCAGAGCUGGAAGAAUAUCAGAGGACAAACAGGACUGCAGAGCCCUAGGCCAGCACACUUGGCCCCUUUCCCCUGUCCUUCCUAAUUCCCCUUCUCUGUAAAAUUUGUAACUCGCUUUUGUAAUGCCAGAAAGAGGCAUGAAAAUAAAGCAGGCAAUAUGCUCUUCAUGAGAGCAGAGUUGCAGCAGCCCACAGCC